AUGGGAUCAGACGGCUAAUAGAAUCAAUAGCAAUAAACUUUUCUUUAAAGCAACUCAGCAUCGAGAGCUUCCUCGUUGAAUAAUAGCUCAAAGAGUAAAAACAAUAAAAUGAGAGAGUUCCAGCUUUAUAAGGAAAAUAAUGCUAAUGUAGACACCAGAUAAAACUCAACUCAUUAUGAUGGCUAAAACUACAUUGAAAAUUACAAUAAUUCGUAAAUGAUUGCGUUUGCAGACUAAUCGAUAAUAAUGAAUCAGAAUAAUCAGCAAUUUAUGAAUGAUAGUAUAGCAAAGAACAAUCUCAACAAUCCUAUUGAAAAUUUUAGAAAUGCCCAAAAUAGCUCUUUACUUGUUCCCUCAUAGAAUCAAUUGGUGAAGCAAAACUAAAUACUCAUGGAAUAAUAGUUGAUGAGUCUGGUCCUUUACGAUCCUCAAAGAAUGUUUAUUGGCGAGCAAAAUGCAAGAGUUCAGGAAAUAUUGAAAGAUGGUAAGACUGGCUUAUCCCUAAGCAACAUGCGCAGAAGUAGAUUUAAUACAUCUGCAAUAGGAAAUAGACAGUAAGCUCAUUUCAAUCAAAGUGUGAUUUCAAGUUAAUCCCCUCACUCUCAACUACCAAACCUAGAAAUUUCAGGGCACAUGCAACAAUUCAAAAAUAGCUUGAAACCUUUUUAUAAACAGACUAAGAUUAUACCUGAGCAUAUGGUAGAUGAUUAAUUCAAUAAUAAGGAGUGCUAUGUUUUAUAGCAUCCAAGAAGUUAGCAGCAGUAAAGGAGGAAAAUUACAACAGCUGCUCAUUCUGCUUUGUCAAAUACAAGUCAUGCUUAAUUCAGAACAGGAGGCAUGACAGGAGAUACAAGGAAAUUAGAAGACCCAGUAAUUGAUUAUAAUAGUAGCGCUGGCAAUCCUUUGAGCUCGCUGGCUUUCCUAUAAAACUAAAAUCUCCUUCAAAAUCAAUAAACGAACUAGGAUAUUAUGAUGCUUCAAAGAAAAUUUGAGGACAAUGAAUCUAAUAUAAUUCAUGAAUUAUAUAGCAAGCAUUUCCAGCAUAAAAAUAACGUUUAAAAAGCACUCGGGGAAAGGCUAGAUUCAACUAUAUAGCAGGAUAGGCAAGGAGAUAUGAUUAUCUCUGCAAUAAAAGAAAAACAAGAUGAAUCCUCUAAAAGCAGAUAAGUUAUGUAGAACUAUCUCACAAACCCAAAUGAAAGUAUAAGUAUGACAGAUAAUGUAUCUUAGCCAAAUGAUAUGAGGGGUUAGGAUUUCGACAAGAUUAAAUAUGUUUAGUAUGUGCCUAAAUUCUUAAGAGGAAGUAACGAGACUAUCAUUAACAAGAUGUAUAUGGGUAGCCCUGUUCACAACAUGACUAUUGGUUCAACAGAUGAUUAAUAAAACCAUGAAAUGUUUAAAGGAGAGAUAAGAUGCCAUACUCAUCAUCUGCAUAAUCGUAGAUGUGAGAAAUUCAAGGUAAUGGAUGUAGCUGAAAUCUAGAACUAAGCCUUUAAAAACCUGAAAGUUGAGAAUAAAUAAAUAUUUGACGAGAGAAACGGUUCACGCAGCUACAAAGCAUCAUUCUUUCCAUCGAGUAUUAUUCCUGAGGAGCUUGUAGAUAUUGUAAAGGAAACUCAAGAUUUUUAAAAGACCAUGCUUAUUAAUGAAAAAAUGCUUUUGUCAAGGCCAAAAUCUAAUAAUAAGAUCAAAUCAAGGUUCUUUUCAAAUGAAAAUAAAGGCUAAAUAGUAUAAAAGGACAUUGAAGUUACUUCAGACUAUAGAAAUAGUCUUAUUCAGUAGAGAAGAUAAUAGCUGAUCUAGAAAGUAAACUUGAGCAAGGACUUUAGAACUGAUAAUCAGAUUUAGAAUUUUACAUAGGAAGAUAGUCAAAUUUUAGAUCCUAUUCAUGCCUUUUAGCAGUAGGAUUAUCUUCUUCAAAAUAAUUUACUUAUCAACUCUGACAUAAAUCAGUUAGCCUAGCAUCAAUAAUAACAGAAUUCAAACCGUAAUUAUUACUAUCCCAAGGUCUCGAUCCUUAAUCAUUUUAACGCAUUCUCUCAUGAUUCUAAAUAUCCCUCGAACUAGCUAUAACAAGCUAUAUAAAGCUGGGAUUUUUCCUAGACGCCUAUCUCAAACCACAAUUUAAAGAUCAAUAUUGAGAAGGAAUGUGUAAAAUAUCAUCAUAAUCACGUGACAACUUAAAAGAAUCUUAUACUAUCGUCGAAGACUUAAUCUGAGGAUGGCAAUGUUAAUAAUUAGGAAGAUUAAGCUGAGAGACAUCAAAUUAAGUUAGCUAAUCCUGAUAAUUUGACAUAAAACAUUUUCAGACCGAGAGGAAUGAUUAGCAGUCUGGGUUCAAGCAAGUAACUCUCUCCAGUAGCAGGACAUGCUCCUUAGUAUGAUCAAUCAUCCUUGCAAAAUAGAACUCAGUCAAGAAAGACUGAAAGAGGUCAGAGAUUCUUUAACUUCAACGAGGUAAACAGUCUUUAAGAUAAGAAAUGGCAGUCACCCUACAUUCACCAAAAGAAAUGCGAUCUGAUAAAGAAGAUCAAUCUAAAGCAGAAUGAACUUAAGAACUUUGAGAAGUCUAAUAAGGUUUAAAAUGCCUAAAACCUAAAUUCAUCAGUAAAUAAUCCUUAUAAUUUGUGGAAUCGUAAUCGAAAUAAAAGUAACCUUUAAACAAGGAAAAGAUAAAGUCUCUAAAUGAGUGUAAUAGAAGGCUCCUUAAGAGAUAAGAACACGAUGCAGCAAACAAAAGUUAAUAGAACCGCUGGGGGGAAUUCGGGUAACAGUGGUACUAAGAAUUAAAAGGGAAAAAAUCUGGUGAACCAGCCCAGCUCACUGAUGGCUUUUAAACUUAAAAGAUAUCAAAGACCUAACACUUAACAGAUUCACAGAGCAGAGAAGCAAAUCAGCCAAAAAGCAGUUAAUACAAUAGAGUAUGGAAUAGAUUAGAACUUAGGCAGUAUGGGUGGAGUAACAACCUAGAAAGACACUACCUUCUAGAUGGACAACAAGAACGGGGAUCAUAGAUUGGAAACUGACUCUUUAAGUAUGAGCAGUGGAAACAUAAAUGUCACAGUCAAUCAACAGCAGUAAAGCUUGAAGUAAAUUCGCAAGAGCGAGGGCAAUAAACGCUUGAUUAUUAGCAAGAGGAGCGGUGAUUUCUUUGGUAAAAAGUAAAGCAGAUAGCAGCUGGCUGGCAAUGACGCCUUAAUUGGGGGAAACUCAAGCACUGUGAUAAAUCAGAGUGGGGUUAUAAGUCUGACACAGGAAUGA